AUGUAUAAAAAGCAUCGUCGUAUUGAUCAACAUCAUAACAAUAAACAACAGCGAAUCGUUCGCAAAACAACAUCUUCUCAGAAUUCACCUAUGGGAAAAUAUUCUUUAACAAAACGACGUUAUUCUCAUCAAUCAAAAUUUUUUCAUACACAACAAGAAACUACAUUGAUAUUAAAUAAAAUCGAACAUGCAAAUAGUACAACUAAACUAGAAAAUCGAGUGAAUACAUCAUUUCGACCACUUGCCGCUUCUACACCAUACGGUAUUGAACAAUCAAAUCCAUUCAAUGAUGGCUCCCCACAUUCCAUCAUGAGAAAUCAGCGAUUAUUAUUAACACCACCUAUUUAUUGCAGUACACCAAAACAAAUGCGCCGUCAAAUUCCUAAUAAUAACAACAGUCACGGAAGAUCAACAUCAUCAUUUAAACAGAAAUAUAAUCUUGAUCAACAUCCAUCAAUUCCAAUUAUAUCUCAACGUCGAUUACAAUUCACACCUAAUUCACAAUCAUUGGUGCGCUAUUCAAAUGAUGAUACUCGAAGAAUAAACAUUAAAAAUAUAAAAAUUUGGCUACUGUAA